AUGGCGCUGUAUCCCGAGAGCUGCGUGGAUGCCACCGUGCUGGACUUCGUGGCAGACCUGUCUCUGGCCUCCCCGAGACACUCUUUUCUCUGUGACUUCCCACGCGGAGUUCCCUUUGGGGAUGAAAGAGUUGUGCUGGGAGAUGGAAGGCCCAGGAGGCUGGUGCCAUUAGAGGAGGGGGUGCCAGAAGAUGAUGAGGGAGAUGUAGACGAAGGGGACGAACAAGAGGAGGAGGAGGAGGAGGAGGAAGAAGAAGAAGGAGGAGGAGGAGGAGGAGGAGGAUGUGGGAGAGUCACCUCUCUACUGGGCCGCCCCAAAAGGAAAAGAGUUAUCACGUAUGCCCAGCGCCAGGCUGCCAAUAUCCGCGAGAGGAAGCGGAUGUUCAACCUCAACGAGGCCUUCGACCAGCUGCGGAGGAAGGUGCCCACUUUUGCUUACGAAAAGAGACUGUCGCGGAUCGAGACCCUUCGCCUGGCUAUCGUCUACAUCUCCUUCAUGACCGAGCUCUUGGACAGCUGCGAGAAGAAGGAAACCGGCUGA